UUCAUUCAUAAAGACCCGCAGUCCCUCCUCCCCCCCCCCGCCCCCAGCCAGGUUUUCUCACGCAUUGGGCUGGGUGCCAGCAGCUGCAUAGGGGACAGCCCCCCCCCCCCCGGGUACAGCUGGGAGGGGGCGCUACUCCCCCCUCCCCCCUUUCCACACACACACACACACACACACACAGAGAGAUCCCCCUGAUCCCUGCAUCCUUGGAAAGGAGAUGCUGGCCAGAGCGAUACGAUGCUUGGGGUUCUUCGCAGUCCUGGUAGCCACGGGGGCCAACUGGGAAGCAGAUCCCCUCUGCCCUGCCAGGUACAAGCUCAACUGCCUCCUUCGCCGACGGCUGGGCUGUGGGCCUGAAGGCGCGCCAAGCUGCGGUCCUUGUUUCCAUAAUUAUGAAGAGGAUGCGGAAGGCAACUGUGUGCCGAAGAGAACCCCCAAGCAUGAAAGCAAAUCAAAGACCCAGAAGAGGCCCAAAGACUUGCCAGGCCUCAUCCGCUCCCUCCUGGCCAAGCACGAGAAGGACUUGCGACCCCCAAGCAUGGAGAUCACUCUUCCUGGUGACAUGGUACCGUAUGAACCCCCAAGCGUCCCCACCACUUUCCCAACUUCCCUUUCUACAAACGCCUCCUAUGCCGUGAGCAGCGCCCCGGCGUCUUCUGAGACAUACGAAGACACCCCAGUCUCAACCACCACACCGCCGAGGCGUGUGAAAGUGGAUUUCAAGCAAAGGUCUCGCCCCCCAGCUCCUAGUCUGAACAAAGCAGUAUCCCUCACUCUGGUGGUGAUGUGCACAGUCACAGGUGUCUCCGGGUUGGUGGUCGCUGCCAUCUGCUGGUACAGGCUUCAGCAAGAGGUACGCUUGGCUCAGAAGAUGGCCUACACAACCACUCGGGGAAACCAGUACCGGUACCAUCAGCCCAGUGCAUAUAUGGAUUCCAGGUUAGCUCAGUCUUGCCAAGUCCACCACUAUCAGCAUCAGAAGAAACUUCUCACGAGUGAGGACAAAGAUCCUCCAAAAACAGUCGAGCAGCUCUCCACAGAGUCUGAAAAUGAGGAUUACACUGUGUAUGAGUGCCCUGGACUGGCACCGAGUGGAGAGAUGGAGAUCCACAACCCGCUCUUCGACACCUCCACCCUACGCCGAUGCCCUCCCUAAACGCUCACCCAUCUUUCUCUCUCUCCUUUUUUUGUUUCUACAUACCCUGUUCAUCUCCACUUGCGGAGAACUCAGGCUUUCAAACGUAUUCAUGCCCCUGGGGUGGGGUGGGGUAAAUACUGGGUGUGCAUCCGGCUCCCUUCAGGUAUAACAGCAUCUAUACCGACAGUACUUCCAAAACCCUCCUUUUAUCCCACCCUAAUCUUACGGAGAUCGUUUCUCAGAACAAAGAGUGGAGGCUACUAUUAGGAGAUUCUUGUUGUAGAUCUGCUUCAACAUUCGUGUGACCAUAAGCCAUCAGUACUAGAGUCCCAGCCUCAAGCAUACAAAGACCAUCUACAAGAUGUCCAGAUCCCAGUAAUUCCCCAACUUCAAGGGGUCCAGCAAGGUAGAUUUACAGUGUCAUCCUAAAAACACCUACAACCCUCUAAGCCACAGCCUAUUGAUUUCCUCAGAUUUGGAAGGGCAAAAUACUGCUUAGGUUUGCAUUGCUAAUGAGGGCAGCAUACUUAUACAUGCAUGGCUGUUGAUGAUACAGAUAUGUAUACCCAUUGGCAUUGGAAAAUUCAGCUCGGCCUUGUUUGAACUGGCUGGAUGCACCUUCUGAUAUUAAGAAGCUGGCCCCCAACUCCACAGUCACUGAUUCUUGUGUUGGGGCUGGAUUGGGGCUCUAGCCUGUAUGUCCUCUUAUUUAUUUACAGAACCACUUUCUCUUCUCUGCUCAAAGCAGAGAACGCUAUUAAAACCAGGGCUAACGCCCAAUUAGGUUGAUUGUUAGGAAUCGCUGUUGGUGAAUGAAGUCUGCCUAGGAGAUGACGGAACGGUGCUUCUAGAAUAAUAUUUAGUACUUGUACAGUGCUUUCAAGUAUUCCGAGUGUUUCAUGGACGUGCCGUCCUUACAAUGUUGUAAUCCUUCCACCAACCCUAUAAAGUAGAACAUUGUUAUAACCCCCAUAUUGGAGCUGGGAGGCUGUGACUGAAAGACGGUGACUUGUCUGCGGCUACUUAGAAUGUUUUGUGCUGGAGAUGAAAUCGAGACCAAAUAAUUUCUGACGAUCCAUAGUUUACUGCUCACUUUUAGCUAGCUUUACUUUGUUUAAAAAGCAAACUUACAGUUCAUUUCAGAUGGUGCAGAUCCCCUUACAAGAGGCAUUCUUUCUUGCCAAAAUAGGAAGGAAUCCCUUGUUUCAGAUGGAGCAUGUCGUCUUCUGUGCUUUUCUUUUGUUGAUAGCUGUUCUUUAAUCAAUAUUUGAUUAAUGUAACAUAAAAAUCUGUAGCAUUGUAAAAAUAUAACGACUGAUACCAACAACCUUAAAGCAAAACAGCAUUGAAAUCAUUAUCCACAGCCAAGAAUACCAGAAGUACAAAGGAGAAGCCAGAGAAAUAAAUGCCUUUGCUCGGCAGCAAAAGCUAUACUGAGAGGUUGCUUCUGAGGUGGCCCUUCCCAAACCAUCUGUAGAUUUCUCCUUCAUGAUAACCUUCAGCAUGGACCACAGAGAUCUGAGUUUCUCAUUCCCCCUCACCUCUGCCCAUAUAGUUGAUGUGACUAUCUAAUUCCAUGUCUGCGUGGCAUAGAAUCUGCAUGAGUGAGAAACUUUACAGGCCUAUCGCAUCGAGCCAUCCCCUGUAUCUCCUCCUUCUUCAUGCUACAACUUUGCAUUUUUGCCCUACACGAGUUUUGUCUCUGUGUAUGUGCUGGAAGCCACACAUUGGUUGGAAAUGUACACAUUGUAUAUUACAAGCAUUGUACAUGUGUCUUAA